GAAUGAACCAACGCGACUCUUUCUAAAACCGUCGUUACUCUGCUUUUCCUGAUUUAUCUCAAAUUCCUAAAUCUCUCUAAAUUCGAUCGAUCUAAACUAAGUUUGUUUGUUCAAUCUCGGAGCAAACCUAAACCUACAGAAAAUUUUUGAUUUCCGUUCCAAAACGGUUGGGAUUCUUGUGUUUCUCUUGUUGAUCUGUGGGAAACAUUUUAUUCUGGGUCUUUUUUUUUUCCCGAAAAUCGGAACUAUGGAUGAUAGGAGAAGACGCCCAGCAGUUGGUGAACAUUAUCAUCAAGAAGCACCGAGGACACCCACCAGAUCGCAGAGCAGAAAACCGCCUUCUGGGUUUUGGCAGCCUAGUGUACCCGCAUGGGAGAAGAAAUUUUGUACCUUGGUUGGUUCAAUCCCAUGGGGAAAACUCUUGGAAGCCAAGAAGUUGAUGUCAUACUUUGAGAAUGUGCUUCAGUGGAAUGAUUCUGCUGGUGAAGAGGCAUUCCACAAUGCGAAGAACCGGUUUUGGGCACAGAUCAAUGGUCUUCCUUGUGACAUUUCACUGCCAGACCCAGAUAUUUACAUCGAUAAAAUCGACUGGAACUCUGAUAUUGAUCCGGAGUUGUUGUUGGAUUUAGAGCGAGAACUGGUUCCUCCGGAUGAAGAAGACAAAGAGGUGAAGUCUAGGCUCAUUGGUGAUUCUCUUUUCUUCUUAAAUCAGCCAGUUCCAUGCACUGGAUGGGGUGAUGCAGAGGAGGAUCAAGUUAAACCCGUUGAAGACUCGUUGAGACCAGGAUUUCAAGAUUGUGGAAAAAAUGCCAAUAGUGCCAACAAUCCUUGGGAGGGUGAAUGUGCCUGGGGAAACAAUACAUUGGAGAGUAACAACACAUGGGGAGACUAUGGGGCUAACUCAUGGGAAAGCAACCAGUGGGAGAACAAUAACAAUAACUAUAACUGGGAGAAUCCAGAACGCAGGGGCAAUGAAAAUUGGGGGGGAACAUGGAAGAGAGAUAAUGCAAGCCAGUACAUGUCAAGGUAUAAGACAUCAAGGUUUCAAGGAGCUGACUACCAAACGGAUCAUGGGUGGAAGAAUGGUCGAGGGAGGAAGAGGGUGAAUUUCUUCUAUGAGCGUCCACAGGUGGAUAAAAAGCCUCUGGCUUCACAACGAUUGAACUCAAUCUAUUCUUGUGGGCCAAUUAGUCAUCAUGGAUCCAGGGAAGCAGGCAAUCCAUGGAGUUGGGAGAAACCUGUUUCUUAGAGUUGAAUGAGCUUAAUAUACUUACCUAUUUGAUGUUCAUUUGUUGCUGUAUAACUGGGUAUUCUAACCCACUCCAAUGUGCAAUGCAGGGCCACAUUGGAAUGGGACAAUAUACUAGAUACUUGUUUGCAUUAUUUCAAUUUAUGUAUGCAUUCUGCUUCGGAAGAGUUUUUGAGCCCCCAUCUGAAAUUUUGAUUGAGCUUGGUUGGUGCUUUGCCAUCGAAAGAGGCUCUGAUGUAUGUAAAACCAGUAUAUUUUUUCUCUCUAAACUGUAAUCUUGGUCUUGAUUGGUGGAAUAUUAUUUGAAUAUCAACAAAUUUAUUC